AUGAUGGAUAAAUGUGAUCAAUUUUAUUUACAAUUACAAGAGAGGACUGAUAAGGUGCCAAAAGGUGAUAUGACUAUUUUAAUGAGAGAUUUUAAUGCUUGCGUUGGUAAACAAGAACAUUUAAUUAUACUCCAGAUUGUUGGGCCCCAUGCGGCUGAUGUUAAAAAUGAAAAUGGCAUUAGACUCGCCGAUUUUUGUUUAGCAAAUGAUAUUCAAAAAGCUUAUGAUUCAGUUAAAAAAGAAUUAUUAUGGAAAAUUUGUAAACAUUAUGGUUUAACAAAAAAAAAUCGUUCGGUUACUUAA